CAGGAAACAUGAGUUGCGCCAACAAUGACCAGGCGGCGGCCGGCGACUCGAGCUCGGGCAGCGGCGGCGUCUUCCGGAGUCCCGCGGCGAAGAUGCUCAAAGUCACGGUGCCCUCCUGUCCCUCCUCGCCCUGCUCCUCGGUCAGCGCCAGUACUGAGAGCCUCGUCCCGGAUUACUGGAUCGACGGCUCUAACCGGGAUCCUCUGGGCGAUUUCUUCGAGGUGGAGUCAGAGCUGGGACGGGGUGCUACAUCCAUUGUGUACAGAUGCAAACAGAAGGGGACCCAGAAGCCCUAUGCUCUCAAAGUGUUAAAGAAAACAGUGGACAAGAAGAUUGUGAGAACCGAAAUAGGAGUUCUCCUGCGUCUUUCACACCCGAACAUCAUAAAACUCAAGGAAAUAUUCGAAACCCCCACAGAAAUCAGCCUGGUCCUUGAGCUGGUCACGGGAGGAGAACUGUUUGACAGGAUUGUGGAGAAGGGAUACUACAGUGAGCGCGACGCGGCUGAUGCGGUGAAGCAGAUCCUGGAGGCUGUUGCUUACCUGCAUGAAAAUGGGAUUGUCCAUCGGGAUCUCAAACCAGAGAAUCUUCUUUAUGCAACUCCAGCCCCAGAUGCACCACUCAAAAUUGCUGAUUUUGGACUUUCAAAAAUUGUGGAACAUCAAGUGCUCAUGAAGACAGUGUGUGGAACCCCAGGGUACUGCGCACCUGAGAUUCUCCGAGGCUGUGCCUAUGGACCUGAGGUGGACAUGUGGUCUGUAGGAAUAAUCACCUAUAUCCUACUUUGUGGAUUUGAACCAUUCUAUGAUGAGCGAGGUGAUCAGUUCAUGUUCAGGAGAAUUCUGAAUUGUGAAUAUUACUUUAUCUCCCCCUGGUGGGAUGAAGUGUCUUUAAAUGCCAAGGACUUGGUCAAAAAGCUCAUUGUUUUGGAUCCCAAGAAACGGCUGACUACAUUUCAAGCCCUCCAACACCCAUGGGUCACAGGUAAAGCGGCCAACUUUGUCCACAUGGACACUGCUCAGAAGAAACUUCAAGAAUUCAACGCUCGGCGCAAGCUUAAGGCAGCAGUGAAGGCUGUGGUGGCCUCCUCUCGGCUGGGAAGUGCCAGCAGUAGCCACACCAGCAUCCAGGAGAACCACAAGGCCAGCUCGGAUCAGCCUUCAACCCAAGAUGCCAAGGACAGCACAGAUCUUCUGGGAAAGAAAAUGCAAGAGGAGGACCAAGUGGCGGCCGAGGCUCCAGCCGAUGAGAUGGAUGAAAUGAGGAAGCUGCAGUUCGAGGAGGUGGAGAAAGAUGCAAGUGUAAAAGAGGAGGAGGCCUCCAGAAUGGUACCUCAGGCUCCAGAGGAUGAGCCGGAUACAGAUGACCCAGAAAUGAAGAGGGGUUCAGAGGAGAAGCUGAAGAGUGUGGAGGAAGAAAUGGACCCCAUCACUGAGGAGGAAGCCCCUGACGCGGGACUUGGGGUUCCACAGCAGGAUGCGAUUCAGCCAGAGUACUAAGCUGGCUUCCUUUAGGUCAGGGCCAACCCCAGCAUUUUAUGCACUCUGUCCCUCAGCAAGGUGGGGAAGCAUGAUAUGCACUAUAGUGAUUCUGUUUUGAGGUUAAAAAAACAAAAACAACAUAUAUACCAGUUGGUAACCCUAAUGUCAGUGCAUGUGUUUGCUUUAUGAAAUAAUGACGUUUUCUAUGGCAUGUAAUGGAUACCUAAUACCGAUGAGUUAUAUUUGAAAUUUCUAGCCAACAACGCAACACUUAAACAUUCUCAGCCUUUGGUGGCACAUAUUGAAGUGAAAUGGCAAAUGGACUUUGAAAGCUGAGGCAUCCUACACCCACUAGAAGUCUUCAAAGAGGGCAAUUCCUUUGAACUCAGCUAAAACCAGCUGGAGUUAAAGGACACACUCCCAUGACUUUGCAAAUACUUGCAGUGGGCAGGGCCCAGCAGGCCAUUAUAAAAGUAGGCUGAAGAUGGUCAUAAAAGAUACCCGUAGAACAUGCAAAACCAUCCAUAUACAGUGUUGAGAAGUUGAAGCAUUCUUACAAGGCUCUGAGUCCACAGCCCCCUUAAGGGUAUGCAGAGACUGUCUUAUUUUUCUUUAGUAUACUAUAUAAGAAUACCCAAAAUGUCAAUCAUAAAAUUCUGCCAGUUUUCAGUUCUUGGGAAAUUAUUUUUUAAACUGUGCCACUGCUUUCCUUUGCCUGCCUUUUAAAUAAAAUUACCCCCCCCCCGCGUGCAGAGAAUAAACCCUAGGAAACAAGAAAUUUAACUGAAAUGAGAUAGAAUUAAGCUUUAGAUGUACCAAGAUUAACUCCUUUUCAUUUCUCACAAAAUUUUGCAUUUGUGAGCUUAUGUGAUAUUUUUCAUAUCAGAACUUUUUAUGAAUACACUCUGAAAGUAGCAAGUUUCAAGUUUUGGAAAAGUCCAUUGUACAAAUCGAUGCCAAAAUGUCUGAAUCUUAUAACAAGAUAUUCAAUGGUUAGAUUACUUAGUACUGAGAUUGUUAGAGCAAGGAAAUAUUAACACAAGGAUAUUCCCCUCCACCUAUGUAUACAUACUGUUCAUAAGUUUAAAAUUCACUAUGAAAGUUAGGAGCUUUUCCAGUGGAAGGGUUUACACAUUUUAUAAUGUUGAAAUAUGUUGACUAUACGCCAAGAAAUUUAGCAUAGCGUGAACUUUUUUUUGCCUUAAAAAUAAGCAAAACCAAAAAUAAAAUAAAAAACACAUCUUGAAGUAGACCUCGGAGAAGGCACAGCAUUAGACCUUAGUUAGCAUGAUUUUCUUCUUAGAAUAAUUGCGCGGGGGGGGGGGGUGGUUUCACCAAAAUAUACUAAAUCCAAUACCUCAAAUUUUGUGUUUGAGUGAAAACGAGCACUUUAUCAAGAUAGCUGUUUAAUAUUUUGUGUGGAUUUUCUUGACUUAAAAAAAAAAAGUAUUACUUUUAAAGUCCAAAAUGGGGGCAAGAAGAAUGAAUAGCACAGAAUUUUUUUCAUCAAACUAAUAAUUUGUUCUGACUCACUCACUCAGUCACACUGGGAACUGACAUUAGAUCUGGGGUUUCUCCAGGCUGUAUCAGCACUUGAGCAUGUCAAGCACAAACCUCUGAUAGCUCUGGGGACACUGCAGCGCUUUGAGCAUUUUGUGACUGGGUCCUGACAGGCAGCUUACUGGGAGGGCACUAUCUGACAGGGGUGACUCUUUCCCUGUUGACUUUCAUUCACAGUGUUUAUGCUCCUCCUGCUGCUUUAAUUCUUCCCUCUUGGAACUCUCAUUCUGAGGGUCAUAAAGGGCUCCCUAGUUUUAACCUUUAAGAACGCUUUGUUAUGAUUUCCAUUUAGGAAGAGCAAUUCCCUGGUGUGAUUUUCCUCAUGAAACUUACCAUAUGUAUGGUGAGUGUCCCAUAUUUGGAAAGAGUGGAGACUUGGAGGUCUUGUUAGAAGGUGGCAGUUAAAUAUCAGAACAUAUCAUUGCUCAAACCCAGCCCAGCAUAGGUUGAAUGCCUCGAAUGAUCCCGUAGGCUAUAGGAAGAGCAUUAUAAAUGCCAAGGCCUCUCAAAUCUCCGAAUCAGUAGCUUAAAUGAUUGUAUCUCAUCCCUUCUUGAUGGUACUUGAGUUCUAGCACAAUUCUCUCUCUCUCUUUUAUAACCUAUACAUUUCACUAGCUAAACAUCAAGAGCAGGUUUCAUUUGUAACUGGUAUACUAAAGAUUAAGUCCUGCUAAUGCUUACAAAGGACUAAGUCCUUUCACCCAAAUCAUUGAGAGAUUACAUCUAAGAAUAAUUAUUUUAUCCUCUUAAAAGAACAAUCAACAUUUAUAUUGCUUGUUAAAAUUAUAUUAUCUAUUUCAAAGAUUACUUAAACUGAAGGAAGACAGUCUUAAUUUGAAAGAACACAUUCCAAUAUUACUCUUAAUUGUUAAUUGUCUUUGUUAGGAUUUUACUCUUGUGAAGAGAGACCAUGACCAAAGCAACUCUCAUCAUGGUAAACACUUAUCUGGGGGGUGGCUUACAGUUUCAGAGGUUCAGUCCAUUAUAAUCAUGGCAGGAAGCAGGGCAGCAUCUAGGCCAAUAUAGUGCUGGAGAAGGGGCUGAGAGUUCUACAUCUUAAUCCAAAGGUAGCAACAGGAGACUCUGGAUCACACUGACCAGAUUUAAGCAUAUAUAUGAGACAUCAAAGCCCUGCCUCCACAUUGACUACCUUCCCCUAACAAGGCUACACCUCCUCCAAUAAGGCCACACCCCCCUAAUAGUGCCACUUCCCAUGGGACAAGCAUAUUCAAACCACCACAGUAAUACAGUCACAAAGCAGAACAAAAUUUUAAAUUUCAGCAAAUAAAAUUUGCAGUACAAGGUGGUGGGAGGCAGAGGCAGGUGGAUCUCUGAGUCCCAAGGACAGUCUGCUCUAUGGAGGGAGUCCCGAGACAUCCAGGGCUACAAAGAGAGACCCUGCAUCACCAAAAAGCCAAAGCCAAAAAAGUUACAUCCAUUAUUGGUUUUUAUUUCAAGACCAGGCACAUAGCUUAACGGGGUUCUUUCACCAUAGAGGACAGUCUGCAUUUUUUCCCCCUAUCUAGAAAGUCCACCUGUGCUUACAGUGGUUUCUCAGACGGUUAGCCCUCUUGCCACAACAGUGCAUAAGUAAGAGAGAGAUUAGACUGGAAUGGUUACAAAGUUAUCCUCUGAAAUAAGUGUUUAUAUUAAAAAGUUUAAUAAGGUAUACAUGUAAAAACAAUUAUCAGACAAGAUUUUAUUAUGACAUGCAGGCCGGCCUUGAAUUCACUUUGUAGUCCAGACUGACCUCAAACUCACACAGUGAUCUUCCUGCCUCAGCUUUCCCCAGA